CGGGCAUCCCAGCCCGCGAACCGAAAGUGAUUUCAGUUCUCAAUUGAACAGCUUCGCGUACGGUUUCGAGGAAAUCCAAAGCGCCAAAAAUAUAAAGUUAACAACCUACCUCCGAUAGCUCCGAACCAAAAUCAAAAUCAAAAACAAAUCGAAAGCAGUCGAAAAACCAUCAUCAGAGGCAAUCAACAUGAUCAGGGCGAAAGACACAACAUGGCUGCUGCUCAUUUGUCUAUUAAUUGGACAAUUCUACGUACGCACACAUGGAACGCCGAUAGAUGAGACUAAAGAUGAUUACCAGGACGAUGACUACUACAGUGAUAACGAAGAGGAUCCCUUAGAGGACGAAACCCCUCCAGUUGUGGACACUCCAGCAGCAAGACCUUAUUUUGAGGAAAGUGAUCUUCGGAUCGAAGCCAAGCCAGGCGAUGAUGUGGUCCUCAACUGUGACGUUCGCAACUUCAUGAUUAACAAUGCAGUUAUGUGGUAUAAAAACACCACAAUGAUUGUCAAUGGUAAUACUGCAGUUGUACCUCGCUUUGAGGCCAUGAAAAACAACUCCAUAUUCCUGCAAAACGUAACCCCCGCGGAUUCGGAGAACUACUACUGUGUUAUCCUGCCGCAGGACGUUCGACAGCGCACAACUCUGAGGGUGGGCGCCCGGCUGUCGAUCCUCUGCGACGACCGUGACAUCACUGAUCGAUCGCAGACGUUCAGGCAGGGCGACCACCACAAGCUCGAGUGUCGAACCUAUCUGCCCGGCGAGCCCACAAUCAAAUGGUCCUUUAAUGGUAUUCGCAUCGAGUCUUCCCCAAGUGAUGAAGAAAAGGGAGUCAUUGUCCUGGACAACAUCGACGAUGUUAAUGCGGGCGUUUAUCAGUGCCUGGCUGAUGACGGCAGCCACGAUCCCCCGCAUGGAAUGGUAACCAUCGACGUCCAGUACAGCCCCAAGGUGUCCACCCACCGGCAUCAUGUCAACACGGAGGAAGGCGGCUUUGCGGAAGUUUACUGCAACUAUCGCGCCAAUCCCAUUGCCCGGAGCUUUUUCGUCAAGGAAGGCAAAACCAUUCAGUUGUCCGAGAAAUACUCCCUGAGGGACUCUGUCCACAAUGGACACAAUCGCACAACGCUGAUUAUCCGGGAUGUGGAGGAGAGUGAUCUGGGCGAGUACCUGUGCCACGUGGAGAACGCCAUCGGCUACAACGAGGUGAAGGUGCACGUCAGCUACAAACCCGAGACGCCGCAGUUCGAGGACAUGAAACUGGAGGGCACCAAGGUCACGAUGCACUGGCUGGUGAGGAGUCUGCAGCCAUUGUCCGAGGCCAUGCUAGACUACAAGCUAUCUGGGUCAUAUACUUGGAGCACUGUGUCGGUGCUGGAAACGCAUCGUCAUAAUCAGACUGGAGGCAUCUGGAAGAUCACGCACCAGCUGGACUUGCCACGACGUGGCAUGUGGCAUGCCCGUGUCAAGACGAAGAACCCCUAUGGCUGGUCCAACUUUUCGCCGGAUCACGACUUCACGAUCCAGGCCGAUGGCGAGGGUUCUUAUGAGCCCAGCGAUGCGGAUCUGCCACCAGAUCAGAUAGUCCAGGCCGGCAUCGGUCUAGGGGGCCGAGGCACAGCGUCAGCCCUCGCCCAAAUGCCCCUGGGUGGUGUUAUCCUGGCGGCGCUCCUGCUGCGCCAGAUCCGCCAGCUCUAAGGCCGCCAGCGAGGCGAAAGAGGAGUGUACAUAUGUAUUUCCGGAUUACUCAGCUAUCGAUGGCAUCGGAGCGAUUGCGAUAGCGAAUAGCGACAGCCAACGCAAAUAGGAAACCGAAACAAAAGUAUUCUAAUUAAAAAAAACAAAAUGCUAAUGCGCGCCUGCUAGCUUGGGUCAAUGCUACCCAUAUACCAUGUUAAUGCUAUAUCGUACACGCUGGAGCGAUCGCCACUAAACAUUAAAAUCUAAACUCUAAACACUAAACACAUUUGUGCCAAGCAAGGAGAAACUGAAACAGAAACAGAAUUAAAUUUAAUUUAGUUUAGCUAAAGUUAAAGUUAAAGCGAAUCGACAUUGGGCCGAGAGUGGUAGGUGGGUGUGAAAUUGUUGGAUUAGGACAGAAGAACUGCGAGGAUCGGUUAAAAACCGAGCA